UAACAGUAAGAUAUAUGUAUUACAUACGUUGAUUAACCAUAUCCGUAUAUAUCUCAUUGUUGUGUCGUGAGUUGACUUCUUUACACGUGUUGUGGAUACAUCGAAGAUGUUUUCAAUAAAGUUUUCCUUUUUGUUAAUAAGUACAAACGUGAUAAUGACUUUUGGAGAACAAUCGCAACAAUUUUUCCGUUCCGACUACGAGAAAUACCUGCCAGAAACUGACAGCUUUUAUAAAGUUCAUGUGCUGCCAAAAACGUUCGAUGGAGCGAAGGAGACUUGUGAAAUAGAAGGAGCUGAAUUAUUUUAUCCGGUAGAUGAAGAUGAGGCUAAGGCUAUGAUUACAUAUUGGAAAGAAAAACAAUUUUAUUCCACAAUUUAUAUCGGCGUUUCCGCAUCUUUGGUGUCUGACGUAUAUCAAACUAUUCACGGUGCUUCGAUAGACCACGUUUACAAUAAAUGGGCCAAAGGUGAACCAAAUAACAAGGGAGGCAACGAGCGUUGUGUGACUUUGCUAGACGACGCUACGCUGAACGAUAUAAUGUGUGAUACUACCAGAAGCUUUAUUUGUAAGAAGAGAGCCAGCGCGAUUCAUUGGAACCUGCUCUGUGACUUACCCGAUAAACAUUACGAAUAUGUGGAACAAUUAGGUAGAUGUUACAAAUUUCACACAAAUCCAAAAAACUGGACGGAGGCAUUCCGAGCCUGCAAUGCCGAACAGGGCUACUUGGCUAUUAUAGACAGUCAGGCAGAAGCGGACCACCUCGUAAACAUCACAAGGAUGGCGAAUAAAGAGGACGUGGAGGGCAGUUAUCUUCGAGGUGCCAUUCAUUUAGGAUUUGUUAAGAAGAAUUCAGUGUGGCGCUCUAUUAUGGGUCGGCCACUUAAAGCCCUCGGUUACAACACGUGGGGCACAAACCAACCUGACGGAGAAGAUAGAGAGAACUGCGGCUCCAUGUUCUUCAAUGGCAAACUCAACGACAUCGGAUGCAAUCAACAAUGCUUUUUUAUAUGCGAAAGAGAGAUACCGCUAUUAGAAAACUCCAUUAACUUAAGGUUUGGUGAUUACGGUGAUGUACAGUAAUUAUUAGUCAAUUACUCGUUAUUUGGUAAUAUUACACUUUCCGGUAUACCAGCGGUCUUAGUUACAUUCUAUUUUAAACGAGUCAGCAAAAGGAUAAUUAUAAUUAUUUUGAUAAAGAGACCUUUUUAAACGUUGUUAUUCUUUAUCAAACAAACCAAAGCUUGAAUAUUAUAAAACAAAAAUAUACUUGUUUCUUAAAUAGUUAUUUUAUUCAUCAAAUAGAGCCUAUGUUUCGGCUGGAAAUGUAAUUUUUGGCACGUAAACAACAAAUGUCUAUUUAUCUAAGAAUUACAAAAUGUGAUAGGAAAUCUUUAUAUAUGUACGAAACAUUGACUUUUAUUCCUUAACACACUUUUUGUGGCAUGUCUGACCGCUAUGUAAGAGCAAAGAGAAAAAUAAUUUGCAAAGCCAUCUUGGACUUGUUGGCCCAAAGCACGCUGUUGAAUGAAACUGCGAAACGGCUGCGAAUGAAUAGUAAAAUAAAUCUAUAAAAAAAUCAAAGAGUAAUAUAAUUUAUUAUUAUAACUUUUAAUAACUCUCGAAAAUUGAAAAUUGAAACCUAAGAGAAAACUACUCCAAAAUUUAGUGUAGAUAAAAAGUUACUUGAAUCGAGUAAUCAAUCACUAUGUUAUAUAUGAGUACAUCACCCCUUCACUGAUAAGUGAUAACCUCUGUUCAGAGUAGUUCACCAAUAAUAUAUCCAACAAUCAUAUUCAAAAAACAACUCCGACACAACGUUUUUAUGUCUGUGUGUCUUACUUUAUAUUUGAAUUGUAUUUUUUUUAAAGAAAAACUUCUGAAAAUAUGAAGAGAAAAGAAAAAAGUCUGGGUUGUCAAAACUUGACUUGUAUUGAUUUGGCAUAUAUGGAUACUUGUACUCGAUUAUUUUAACCUUUCACAGCUCUGAUUCGUCGAUUUUCUAUACAAUUUCUAUAGUUUAUUUUAAUUCGAUCGAUGUGUUGCUUACUUGAGCUUUAGUUCCAUAUACGCCCACGGAGCGCUGCUUAAAUUCCCUAGAAAGGAAAAUUUGAUUUACGUAUUGAUCAUAUCUAGAUUAAAAAAUAGACAUACUAUUGAAAGCCAAGGGUGAGUGUCACUCAAUAUCAAGUGAGGUUUCAGCUCGUUUCCCCCUGUUUUUAAAAAAAAACCUCCCUUUCCGAAGUACAUUUUCUAGAAAAAUGCAUGGCAUUACUUUCUCAUAAAUAACAAGGGAAAUUUUG